CCGUUCAUUGAUGUUCUAGGUCAAAUGUACUGCACUUGUUUCUGCUGUGUCUUGUUUGUAUUUACUCUGGAUAUACUGGUUUCAUAGGAACAAGUGUGAUUUCUACGUGUGAUCUUUAAAGUGUGAUUCAGAAGUGUAAUCUAUAAGUGUUAUAUACUAGUGUGAUUUAUACUGGGAAUUUGUUUUUUACACGACGUCCUCUUUAUAAGGCUCUUUACGGAAUACUUACACUAGUUUGGAUUUCGACCAUGACCUGACCUUGGCCAGGGCUCCAUGGCGUCCUCCAGUUUGUCCAGGGAUAAGCUCACGGAUAAACGUUCAGUGGAGGACGAGCUGGAAAAUGGCGGGCUGUCGCCCCAGCCGUCGCUCCGGACAAACCACAACGAGAACGACGUCUGCUCAGAGAUUGUCCGGAUAGAGCAGCGAGACGCCCGGGACGGGGACGAUGAUGGUACGGCCCUGGGCAGAAUCGUCCGGACCUUGCAGGUUAGAUAUCAGAUCAUCAAAACAUGGGCCUCGGGAGGCAGACAGCGGCCUCAGAGGCGGCCCGACUCUUUCCUGGAAAGGUUCGCCAUGGGCGGCAAAGACAUUCCUUUACACAGCGGCGAGAGGCGACAAAGGAAGAUCUCGGACCUUAGGUACUGGACACACUUUUACGUUGACCCCUCGGACUCCUUCUACUACCGGUGGCUGGGAGUUAUAUCCCUUGCCGUCCUAUACAACAUCGUCUUCAUCAUCGCCAGGUCUGUGUUUUGGGAGCUUCAGAACCAGUUCUUUAUCCUCUGGCUCUCUCUGGACUAUAUCAGCGACUUUGUUUAUGCACUGGACAUAUUUAUACAGUUUAGAACAGGUUACUUGGAACAGGGGCUGAUGGUGGUGGACCCCGGCAAGCUAAGAAAGAACUACAUGAAAACAAAAACAUUCUACAUCGACAUCGCCAGCAUACUGCCCACAGACCUCUUUUAUCUCAUGCAUGGCGGCCUGGACAUCCCCUACGUCCGGUUCAACCGCCUACUCCGCGCCAAGAGACUUUUCGAGUUCUUCGACCGUACUGAGACCCGAACCAGCUUCACCAACAUGUUUCGCAUUCUUCACCUUGUCUUGUACAUCCUCAUCAUCAUCCAUUGGAACGCGUGCAUCUAUUUCGCUAUUAGUGCAGCUAUCGGAUUCGGCUCGGACACCUGGGUGUACGCCAACAUCACCAACGCCAGCUCCGAGCUUUCCCGGAUGUACAUUUACAGCUUCUACUGGUCGACCUUGACCCUGACCACCAUUGGGGAGACGCCCGCGCCGGUCAGGGACGUGGAGUAUCUCUUCGUGAUCGUGGACUUCCUGAUCGGCGUCCUGAUCUUCGCUACCAUCGUGGGCAACGUUGGCAGCAUGAUCACCAACAUGAACGCAGCCAGGUCCGAGUUCCAGCAGAGGAUGGACGGGGUCAAGCAGUACAUGGAGUUCAGGAAGGUCAGCAAGGAGCUGGAGGAGAGGGUCAUCAAGUGGUUCGACUACCUCUGGACCAACAAGCAGUCGCUGAACGAGGAAGAGGUCCUCUCCGCGCUGCCGGACAAACUCAAAGCAGAGAUGGCCAUCCAUGUGCACCUGGACACCCUGAAGAGAGUGACUAUCUUCCAGGACUGUGAGCCAGGAUUACUCGUUGAGCUGGUUUUAAAACUUCGCUUGCAGGUGUUCAGCCCUGGGGAUUACAUCUGUCGCAAAGGUGAUAUAGGUCGGGAGAUGUAUAUAGUCAAACGUGGCAAGCUAAGCGUAGUAGGGGAUGACGGCUCCACGGUAUACGCCACACUCAGUGAAGGAAGUGUAUUUGGUGAGGUCAGCAUAUUAAAUAUCGCCGGAAACAAGACAGGCAACCGAAGAACCGCCAACGUUCGAAGUCUAGGUUACUCUGACCUCUUCUGUCUUUCCAAGGACGCUCUCUGGGACGCGCUCACCGAAUAUCCGGAAGCCAAGAGAAAACUGAUAGAGGCCGGCCGGAUGAUCCUCAUGAAGGACAACCUCCUGGACGAAGAGGCAAUGAGGCGGGCGGAGGAGAGACAGGAGACGGUGGAGCAAAGAGUGGACAGGAUAGACCUCUCUCUAGACAACCUGCAGACACGCUUCGCCCGCCUUCUAGCCGAGUUUAACACGACGCAACAGAAGUUGAAACAGAGGAUGACGAAAGUGGAGAAAGUCCUGGCCAGGGAGGACGAUCUCGUCUCCACAUUUUCCAAUACUGCCAACAUAGCAGAAGUGACUGCAGACUCUUCGACAACCUAAACAUCUCUGAGCUCAAAGUCCAACUUCACUGUUUUAAAAUAAUUGCAAGUUCUGAUGGAUAUGUUCUAAAAGAUGGAUAUGUUCUGAAAUAGAUGGAUACGUUUUGAAAAGAAUGGAUAAGAUCUUUAAAAGAUGGAUACGUUGUGAAAAGAAUGGAUAAGAUCUUUAAAAGAUGGAUAUGUUUUGAAAACACUGUAAAUAUUCUGAGAAAAAUGGAUAUGUUCUAGGGAAAAUGGAUAUGUUCUAGGGAAAAUGGAUAUGUUCUAGGGAAAAUGGAUAUGUUCUAGGGAAAAUGGAUAUGUUCUAGGGAAAAAGGGAAAAUGGAUAUGUUCUAGGGAAAAUGGAUAUGUUCUUGGGAAAAUGGAUAUAAUUCUAAAAGAAAAGAUGGAUGUAUUACCUAUUUCCACAGGACAAUUCGCCAAUGCAAGUGCCACUCACACAUAUAUUUCAAAAAUUUAAAUAUCCCUGUUACUUUUUUUUAAAUAUAUCACUGUAGAUGGUUUCUGGUAAUCAGAGCUUGAAUAGAAACCAGCUUCAUUUUUAGGAAAUCUGUGAUUAUUGAGUGUUCCAUCCCUUAUGACGGGUCUGACUUUUUCUAUGAUUCCUCUAAGUUCUUCCCGUGUAUCAAAGAACAAAACUUGUAUCAAAUUCAAAGCAAUAAAUAAUUUAAUUCUUUGUUUUUCAAUAGUGGAUAUAAUUUGUUGAAGUGUUGAGGCUAAUUACCGAAACUCACCAUUUUGUUUUUUAAAUAGUGGAUAUAAUUUGUUGAAGUGUUGAGGCUAAUUACCGAAACUCACCAUUUUUGUUUUGAACGGGCUCUCAGACAUGUAGGCCUACUGUAUUCCAGACUUUGUGAUGUCAGUGUAUCUCAUGUUUCUUCACUUCAUACUGCGUCUAGAGUUCCAAGUGAACGCCACCCUGUGCAAGGCUGUUGAUCUGUUAUAACUCUUCUUCACAAUAGGUCAUUGAAGUGUAUGGAAUGCUUUGUCACUGUACUAAUGUUCAAUAUGUGCCUAUUCAAUAAAUAUACUAAAAGCGAAAAACAAGACAUAUGUAUCAUAUCUUGCUUCAUGAUGUUGGUUUCAAUUUCGUUUAAUAAUGUUUAGCCAAAAGUAACAAUUGCACAAAUAUUGUAUCAUACUUUUUUUUUCAAGAAAUGUUUCUGUUUUUUUUUCCUGGGCACUUUAGUUGUUUGUUUUUUUUAUUAAAGAUUUAAAAAAAAAUAAACUAGAUAUUUUGUGAAAACUAGAUAUUCCAGAUGUGCAAUAAUAAUAACUUUUAACCAGCCAAAACUUGCAAUUCUGACAGAUCUUGAAGAACUAUCACACGAAAAGCAAGUAUCUAAAUACUUUAGGCAUAUAUAUAUAUAUAUAUAUAUAUAUGAAGUCAUACUAUAGAGAUUUACGGAGAAAUGACUAAUUAUAUGUAAGAACUCUUUUAUUUCAGUUGAAAGAUAUUGCAUUUUGUUUUCUUUGUUAUUGUGUUUCUAGUUUUUAAUAUGCUUUCCUUUCAACUGCUAUGAUGGUGCUAUGCAUUAAUUGUUUCUAUUUUUUUUUAAUUUUAGUUUAUUUUGAUUUCAGUGACAGAACUGUUACAUAAUUAAAUAAUUAAUCCUUUUUUAUCACAAUACAAUUUAAAUAUUUCAAAUUAUUAUUUUUUUAAAUUUUAGUUUUUGUUUACAAGUUUUCAGCAAAGUUGUUUUUAUACUAGAAUAAAGUCUGAAAACUAAUAAGUAUUUUUGUUUAACACUGAUCUAGUAAGAAUCCAGAAAUUCUCUUCAUUUCACUGCAACAAUCUGACGAGUUUUUCCAAAGUGCUAUGAUUAUUUGAACAUGCUUUAUCGAGAAUAAGAAAUUACUACUCACAAAAAUUAAGUAGCCGACAUUUUUGUUUAGUCUUCUUAUUAAACUUUUAGAGAGAACUGUAAAAUACAUUUGAAAUGUGUUCAUAUUGGGCAAUAUGUGCUCAUAUGGCAAUGUGUAGACUGUGGGGAUAAUUGCCUCUAGAUUAUGUUACCGUUACAGUUUAUUUUAGCAUUCCCUAGAAGGCAUUGUCCAGAAGGCACUCUAAAAGGCAUUGUCUAGAAGGCAUUGUCCAGAAGGCACUCUAAAAGGCAUUGUCUAGAAGGCGUUGUCUAGAAGGCAUUUUCUAGAAGGCAUUGUCUAGAAGGCAUUGUCCAGAAGGUAUUUUCCAGAAGGUAUUUUCCAGAAGGCAUUGUCUAGAAGGCAUUGUCCAGAAGGCAUUUUCCAGAAGGCAUUGUCUAGAAGACGCUAUCCAGAAGGCAUUUUCCAGAAGGCAUUGUCCAGAAGGCAUUUUCCAGAAGGCAUUGUCUAGAAGACGCUGUCCAGAAUGCAUUUUCCAGAAGGCAUUGUCCAGAAGGCAUUGUCUAGAAGACGCUGUCCAGAAGGCAUUGUCAAGAAAACAUGAUCCAGAUGGCAAUGUUGUCCAGAAGGCACUCUAAAAGGCAUUUCUAUAAGGCAUUUUCCAGAAGGCAUUUUCCAGAAGGCAUUGUCUAGAAGGCAUUGUCUAGAAGGCAUUGUCUAAAAGACGCUGUCCAGAAGGCAUUGUCCAGAAGGCAUUGUCUAGAAGACGCUGUCCAGAAGGCAUUGUCCAGAAGGCAUUGUCCAGAAGGCAUUAUCUAGAAGGCAUUGUCUAGAAGACGCUGUCCAGAAAGCAUUGUCAAGAAAACAUGAUCCAGAUGGCAAUGUCUAGUAAGCAUUGUCUUUAUGGAAACGUCCAAUAGGUAUGGUCUUGUGAGAAAUAUAUAUAUAUAAUAUUGUUUAGAAGACUUUGCCUAGAAUACAUCGUCAGGAAGAUAUCGUCUAGAAGUAAACGUCUAGAAUACAUUGUCCAGCAAGAAAUAUAUGGCUGUUAUUUAGCAGACAUUGAAAACAAGAUCGUCAAGAAUACAUUGUGUCAUAGCCAAUGCUGGAAGACAUUGCCCUUAAGGUCCGUUUAUAUUUGAAUGUAACAUUUACAUCUGACCAUUAAUCUGUAGCCAUAAUCAAAGUAUUCAAAUCCUAGGGAUACGAGUUUACUCUCGUUGAAUGAUACAAUAAAUAAUUUUAAAUGGCUGUUCUGAAAUGUUCUUGAUACCAAUGUUUGUCCUUUUUUAUUUACUUUUUAAGUUGCAUUUUAACUAUUACAAUCUUCUGCAUUUUUAUUUACGGGUUUUGGGGGAAAAUGGGAAUUCGGGAAUCCGUCCAAAGAUUUUAUGUUCCAUUUUCUGUUUUAGUUUUUUUCUUUUCUUUUGAUUCUUUCAUUCAUGAAAAAUCUCGUCACUCAUUACUGAUGUGUAUUAUAAUAUUAAGAUAUUCAUUAACAAAUAAUUUUUCUGGUUUUCUGUUUGCAAACUGUUAGCAGAUAGAAUUUGAUUGGUUGCAUAUGGAUGUGUUCCCAUGAUUCAUCAAGCAGACGGGAAUGAUGGGAACUGUAAUUUGAAAAUAUCAUCUCCUGUUUUCUCUUUCAUUAAUGUUCAAUUUACACAAGUGUCUAGAAACUGUUGUAUGCAGUGUUCACUUCGUGUUACAGAGUUAAGUUUCGUAUUUCUCAAUGAACAUGACUACUAGAUACGUUUCAAAAUAUGUUCUUAAAAUUCUUUAUUUUUGAUGUUUCUGAAAAAAAAACUUUUGUUAUGCAGUAUUUCUAAUGAAGAGAAUACAUGAAUUAUGAAUUUAUUUUGUUUCGACAGACUAACACAGAAAAAAGACCACUUUCACUUCAAAGAGAGACAGGAAAAGACAAUUAAUAUAGAAGCUAUUUUUUAUGUAUUUCGAUUAAUAGUGAAUCCUCUCCUCUUAGGACUCUCGGAUUUCAAAUAUUACUUUUUUCCCGCCACUUGAGAUUCAUACAAAAACAAGGAAAGCUUGAAAACUUUAAGUAUUUUUUAAAAGGAAAUCUGUGUUUAAGUUUCAGAUAUACAACUCCUAGUGAAUAUAUACGAUGCCUCAAUUUUCAAUUCUCGAGAAGUUGCCAAAAACAUUAAUAAUUAACGUUGCACUGUAGAAUGUAUAUAAGAAGCUUUGUUUUCAAAUAUAAAUCAAUAUAAACCCAGCAGACGGUUAAGAAGAAACCCAACAUUUUAAGUCCACUCUCCCUUUUUCUAGAUGGCGCCAAGUUUAUCGUUUCAUGACUCUAUGAUGUUGUUUUGUAAGUUAAUUGACCUAGACACUCUUAGCUGUUUUUUUUUCUGAAACUCUUUUCGUAGCAAGUUGACUGUGCUGAGAUUUAGCUCCCUUCUGAGCAGUGUCUCUUGGGUGCACCUUUUCCCCCAUUCAGUGAAAAGCCUGACCCCCCAAUCACGUGCUAGUACCCUAAAUUUCUCGAAACCAUGGUUCCUGUCAUUUUAAGUCUUGUAAAAGUAAAUCAGAAUCUCCAAAUGUAAAUUAUAUAAACCAUAAAUCAUCUUAUAGAAAUGAGAUGAACGCGAUUACUAUGGACGGAAAGGUGUCGCCCCCUCCUCUCCACGCAGCUGACGUGUCCAGUAGAACGACAACAAAGUUUGGGAUCAGCGUUGUCGCAGGCUGUGCCAAGGUGUAGCACUGAAUACUGCAAGCUACCAAAGAGUCACCGGCUCAUCAUUUUUUCCUUAGGGUUGACGUCCGAAGCCUCCCCAUGUUUGGGCGUAGCCACAAGGCAGCAAGAAUUUUGGACUAAUUGUUUUCUUUCUCCUAGGGUGGAGCCAAGUCUAACUAGUCCCCCCCCUCUCCCAGAGGUUAAAUAGUUUAGGCGCCGUAAACUAAUGAGCAUAAGUAAUCCUCUAGCUAUAAAUAGAUAUCAAAAGCAUGUGUUUCUAAUAGGGUCUGACAAUCAGUUCCUGGUCUCAGAGUAAGAUAUUGGGACCAGCAGAACUGUAAUCAUUGAUAAGGAUGGGGGGGGGGUGGGGAGAAUGCAAGUAACUGGCACCUAAACCACUAAGUCAGUGUUUCCCGAACUGUGUUCCGCGGAAUAUAGUGUUCCGCGAGGCCUGAAAAUGUGUUUGAGAACCACUGGGGUAAGAGAUAGUAAAAGACUGUAGCAUGUUCUUGUUUCUAGAAGCUGAAAAACAAACAUACAUAGUACAAUAGAAUUUUGAGUAGAGAUCUACUAAAAAAAAUACCAAUGUGUUCAAACGCUUGCAACAAAUGUAUAGAUUGUUGAUUCUAAUGAUGUAUUGGAUAAAACGGAGAAAUAUAUGUAAAUUUGAUGUUACUAUGAUGUGUGAAUCUCUAGAAGAUCAUUUUCAUAGUUUGACUCAAUAUCGUCUGCUUACUGACCUACUUUUAUUCCUAUGCAUAGACUGAGGUAUGAAUGUUUUAAACUGAAUGUAAAAAAAACUGUGUAUUUAGAUUACGUCUCAUGGCUGCAGGUACCUAGGCUUACAUCACUUAUUUACACAUAAAUUUGUUUAGUUAUUUACGCCAUCUAGACAUUUUUCUCAAUCUCUCUCUCUUGCGCCUUCUCCCUGUCUCUCCCUAUCCUUAUCUCUCUCUCUCUCUCGUUUUCUCAUUCUCUCCAUCGCUCUCUCUAUUAUUGAUAUAUAUUUUUUGUUGCCAUGGAAACACACCUUUUUUUUAUCGUGUGUGUCUGGCUAGUCUACUGAUUUCAUUACGAUAUUCGGAUGUAUCUCUAGAAAGCUUUUUUUUUUAAAUAUCAAUUUCGUUUUUCAUUUAUUCUUCACUUUAAGUUCUUCACAUUUGACUUACAAAAAAAUAACAACAACAACAUUUUUAUAAAUCACUCACUCUGUCUAGUACAAAUCUUGUACACAUCAUUUCUCCCACUUCCCAUUCUCGGAUCAAGUCGAAGCUCUGCACAAUGAUUCAUUGUCGAUGACAACACAGGAAUCAAUUAAAACAUUCACUAAAUAGUUAGAUAUUUAGUAAAAUAUUUUUUUGUUUUUUUUUAUAUAGAAAGAGUUAAAUCUUGCAUUAUUGAGAAAUAUGGUGAUGAUAGUGCGGUUCUUUCCCUAAUAUAAGCUUUUUUUUUAUUUUGCACGUUGUUGUUUUUUUUAAGAUUUACAGCAAUUCUUCACUAGUUUUUUUUCUGCAUCUCUUUUAGUGUAUACUAAUUUAAAUACCACUGUUACAACCAAACAGCAGAAAAGGAUGAACUUAAUAAACGAAAUAAUUCUAAAAUUAUUAAGCCAACAAACGCCGAAACUAUUAAAACAUGUCUUCCUAACAUUAAAUCGUUCAGAAGCAGACGUCACGCUUUCUGCUGGGUCUACAAAAAACACGACAAACAUGUUUACUGCUUGAUUUAUGCGCUAUUCUUACGAAAUAGGCGUAGGACGUAAUUUUUUUAAACGAACGUCUGAAAUUAAUAACAUAAUAAAAAUUUUUGUUUUUAAUUCAUCAAGAAAGAAUUAAUUUAUCCAGGGACGUAGCUAAGAAAUCUCCAUCGUUUAGAAGCCCAAAAAGGGGCGGGGGAUAAUAUUUUAUUUUUAAUGUAAAAAAACACACAUUUUAGGACCCCCUUCAAGUUGGGGCCAGGGGGAUUUUCAAAUUCUCCCCCUCUUCCCCCCACCCUAGCUACGACACUAAAUUUAUCAAUCAAAAAAGUUUUCUUAGAGUGUAGACAAGGACAAAUUCUUUGACAAGCUGAUUCUCUUUCUCUCCAUUGUGAUGAGUAGUGCCCACUAUAAAAAAAAAGGUCCCAAUUUUGAUGGGGAGGUCCUUAUGCAUGAAAAUCGCCUUCCCAAACGACUUCUUUAUAGUGAGCUUUGUGCAGGAAAGCGCUCUCGGAAAAAUGGGGGGGGGGGGGCGGUCAACAAAAGCGUCACAAAGACACCCUUAAGGAAACACUAGAUCUCGAUUGCUUCUCAUGGCGUGAAGCCGUCAGUGUCGGAGUCUCAAGGUACGAGUCAAGGACAGCGGCCAGCAUGAAAGAACUCAGAGGUAACAAAGGCUGAGAGAAGAAGCAGAUAUAUCAGCAGUAGACACGUCUGUGGUCGGAUUUUCAAAAGCGAGGAUUAGACUUAAUAGCCAUCUUUGAGUUCACAGGAAAUGAGAAAUGUGCUCAUCUUCAACCACGCAGCAUAAAUAAAUGUCCCUUUUCAGACCUUGCGAUCUAUAGGGCAGAUGAUGUAAAGGUCAUCUGUUUCUGUGGCCCACUGUUAACGAGGCGGUCAUGUGGCCAGCACAACUACCAACCGCCUUUAUUUUCAUCAACUAAUGUCAGGUACCCGCUAGAGCUGGGUGGACUCAGAGGCGCCCAAAAAUCACGAAAUUCAAAAUCCCAGUCUUCAAUGCGAUUUGAACCCGCGGGACAUCGGUUCAGAAGCCAAGCGCUUUACCGCUCAGCCACCGCGCCUCUCCUAAUCAAACUGAGAAAGAAAAUAUGGGCUACUCCCUUGGAGUUCUGUUAUUUUAAUUCAUAAUCCUGGCAAUCCCAGUCGUAAUGCCAUUAAAUGCAUUUGACAUUAUCCAUAAAUGGAAGUGGACUUUUCAAUAACAGAACAAUAACAAUCAUAAUAACGGCUUUAUGAGUCUAACAUUGAUUGGUCGGGACAGCAAAAUUAUCAACGGAAUUUGAUGACGUAAUCGCCGAGAUAAUGGAAAAAAAAAGUUUCCAUGCAAAACUUACACCUGUGGGAUUUGUCCUACUUUUGAUUUCAGCCGACAUUGGGUCCGACGGCGGUGACAGAAGUUGUCGAACUUGAGGACGCUUUGUUGAAACGGAUUUGUUCGAAGGGCGAGCAUAAGACAAAAGAUUCGCAAAUUAGAUGGAAAUUAUUGAAAGGAUAAUUGAGAAAAUAAAAUAGCAAGAAACCAAAUUUCAAGUCUUCCAAAUUUGGAUUAUUAAUUGGUUUCUCUCUCUCUCUCUCUCUCUCACCAUCCAUUCAUCUAUCUGUAUUUCUAUCUGUCUGUCUGUCUGUCUGUCUAUCUAUCUAUCUAUCUAUUUAAUCUAUCUAUCUAUAACCUAUCUAUCUAUCUAUCUAUCUAUCUAUCUAUCUAUCUAUCUAUCUAUCUAUCUAUCUAUCUAAACUAUCUAUCUUACCGAUCUACCUAUCCAUUUAUCUAUUUAUCUAUCUAUCUAUCUAUCUAUGUAUCUAUCUAUCUAUCUAUCUAUCUAUCUAUCUAUGUAUCUAUCUAUCUAUCUAUCUAUCUAAACUAUCUAUCUUACCGAUCUACCUAUCCGUUUAUCUAUUUAUCUAUCUAUCUAUCUAUCUAUCUAUGUAUGUAUCUAUCUAUCUAUCUAUCUAUCUAUCUAUCUAUCUAUCUAAUCUAUCUAUCUAAUCUAUCUAUCUAAUCUAUCUAUCUAUCUAUCUAUCUAUCUAUCUAUCUAUCUAUCUAUCUAUCUAAUCUAUCUAUCUAUCUAUCUAUCUAUCCUUUUCAUAAGUCUCUCUUUCUCACCCUCUCCUCCCCAUCUUUAUAUGGCUCUUUCGUUCUCGACACUCUGUCUCCUUUUCGUUUCUCUCUCUCUCUCUCUCUCUCCCUCUCUCCCUCUCUCCCCCCCCCCCCUCUCUCUCCCUCUCUCUCUCUCUCUCUCUCUCUCUCUCUCUCUCUCCCUCUCUCUCUUUCCCUCUCUCUCCCUCUCCUCUCCCUCUCUCUCUUUCCCUCUCUUUCCCUCUCUCUCCCUCUCUCUCCCUCUCUCUCUUUCCCUCUCUCUCCCUCUCUCUCCCUCUCUCUCCCUCUCUCUCUCCCCCCUCUCUCUCCCUCUCUCUUUCUCCCUCUCUCUCUCUCUCUCUCUCUCUCUCUCUCUCUGUACAACUUUCUCUUUCCAUCUACUAGCUUUCUUUUGAACAUUUUCCAAAAGCUAUCCCUAAUUCAUUAUCUCUCUCUUUUCACUCUCUCUCUCUCUCUCUCUUUCCCCUUCCUCAUUCUCUUUCUUUCUCUUUACAUGACAGCGUGACAGCACCUUGUGUAUACAGAAUUUAACAUUUAUUUUUGUUGUUUUUUUAGUCCUAAUAUCACAAUGUCUUUCUCAUGCCACUAAAUAGGUGGGAAUAUCAAGGUAGGGGUUUCAAUUCAUAAAAUGUCCACUUCCAAAUUAACUAAAUUGUAGUAUGCUCUUGUUGUUUUUGUUUUAUUGUAUGUAAAAAUGAUCAUUUUUAGUACUAGUUGAUUGUGAUGAUAAUACGAUUUUGCCUCCAUGUGAAUGUCCCUAAUAGGACUCACAAAAAAGUCUUGUUAACUUACAGAUUUGCAAUGUGUUUUAGAAUAUUGAUCAUUGUUCUAGACAUGUAUCUUGUAAGAUGAGAUAUUUCGUUUCGUUUUAUUUCAAGAAUGAUUCAUGUCAUUGUUUUUGUUUUUUCGCAGUCAAUGGAAUUUGUGACAAUAAAGUUCAUACUGAAAGCUGC